AUGGACCUGCGCCCGCUCGCUGAGAGCGAGGAGAAGCCGGUGAUGACACUGACAGGAGCCGGUGGCGUAGGAAAGCAGCCGAGGGCGAGCGGAGCGAUGAGAGAGAAACGCGAAAGUCCUCAGAGCCAGAAACACGUGUUCGUUUGUCUUAAGCUCCGGGACACUGCAUUAGUUGCCUGCAGUGUCAACGGCUCUUUCCUAAUGUACUUCCGUACCGAUUUCCGUCAUAAUCUGCUGUUUGAGUUGAGUCAUCUCGAUGCAGCCAAGACUGUAAACACAUCAAAGCGCGGCUGGUUAGAACAAACGGAGCCAAGAGACGACAAGCAAAUCACAGGCGAGUGGAUCAUUCAGAAUGAUGAACCUAGCUCCACCAGCAUCCACACAGUGGAAGGUUCUGUCCUCACCCCCUCCUCCGUGACAGAACAGGCUCCCAGCCUGGUCCCAUCGUCGCUGUUAUUCAUCACCACCAAUAAAGUCAGCCCAGUCCAGAGAAAGUGUCCCUGCCUGUGUGAGUGCCAGCAGCAAACACAGAACUGGUCAUGUUUUAGAAUCUCGCCGUGGAUAAAAAACCUGCAGCGGGACCCGACGCGUGCCAGCAGUAGUGUGAAGCUGAUACUGAGACAGGGAGAAACUGCCAUUAUGGCCACGGCUGAGGCCCUGAUGCCUGCCAUGACGACGUUUUCCUGCGUAAAGACGAUGGAUAACCUGCGCAAGUUGGAUGCGUGCGUCGGGGCUGGCGCAACAGGUGGCGACCCGCACAUCCAGGUGGCGUUCAACAUCGUCCAGUCCCCCAGAGAAGAGGACGAUCUGGGGAAGUUCCUGGACCUCGAGUUCAUUUUGUCCAACACCAUCGGCACCGACGUCCCCCCCCAGGGCAGCGGGAGCGUGUCCCCCCCCCAGCAGCAGCAGCAGCAGCAGCUGUGCGCGUACCCGCUGCCGGACUCGCCAGAGAGCUGCGGCUCCGCGCCGGACUGCACUGACCUCUCCUCUCCUCACAUGGCCACGCACGGCUUCCACGGCUCCACGAACUUCCCGGGCGCGAGUCCCGUGCGCAGCCUGAUGGCGGAGCUGCUCACGCCGGAGAUGAGCUACCCGGGGGAGAGCUCGCCCCACGGAAAUGGAGGCGCGAGAGACGCGUGCGAGUACACCGAACUACGAUCUUUGAACCCAGCCGCGCGUGCGUCGGUUCCUGCUCACCCGCAAGUCGCCACGUCUCCAUCCUCGCUCGGCUACAAGAUCAAAACCGAGCCCGGGGUCCAGUCUUGUAUGAUGGCCGAUGGGAACUUUCUGGAGCACCCUGUGCGUUCCGUGCACGCGGGGUCCUUUGCGCACCGCCAGCCCGCGGCUCUGCAGGGAUUCGGGGUUCAUCCCGUCCCACAAACGACGCUCCAGGGACGCACGGACUGCCACUUGGCGCAAAUGAACUCAACCAUGAGCCCCCACCACCUCCCGAACCAGUACCUGAACGCGCCGUAUCAAACGCAAUAUCACACGCAGUUCCAAGGACAGUACGGCAUGCACAGAGAGGCCCCGCGCGCGCACCAGCAGCACCACCCGGCCUCCAUGCAGGGCAUGAUGCUCACCCCCCCGUCGUCGCCUUCCUUGAUGGACUUUUACGCGCAGGACGAGGCCGGGGGCAUCAAGCAGAAGCGGGGUCGCAGGACGUGGAGUAGGAAACGCGCCGCCACGCACAACUGCGAGUUCCCGGGCUGCGGGAAGACCUACACCAAGAGCUCCCACCUUAAAGCGCACAUGAGGACGCACACAGGUGAGAAGCCCUACCACUGCAACUGGGAGGGCUGCGGCUGGAAAUUCGCCAGAUCGGACGAGCUCACGCGCCACUUCCGGAAGCACACCGGACACAGGCCCUUCCAGUGCCACCUGUGCGAACGCGCCUUCUCCCGCUCCGACCACCUGGCUCUCCACAUGAAGAGGCACAUGUAGGCUUCCCCGAGGAUGGACUGUUCCCAAUGAAUGUAAAAAAAAAAAAAAACCUUCUCCUAAGGGCCUUAUUCACUGUCAGGUCAUGUUGGGAAACCGGUGGUGAUAUUUAAAGGUUUCCCCAAAAGUGCCUCAAAUGCCACAAAGCUAUGUGCCUCAGAUGGUUUUUGUAUAUGUGUGUGCAUACAUGAAAAACACUGGCUAAGUAUAGUUUCAUAUUUAAGACGACCCCCCCUGAUGAUAAUAAGUUAUUGAUUGUUGGUGAGUGCUUUAACUAGGUGGCUUUUUUGCUCACUGAGGGCAGGACCCAGAAUUUUGUACAUAAGGAUAGUGUAUUUUUCUACUGUUUACAGCUCCUUUAUCUUUUAGCUAUUUUUUUUUGUAGUUUUAAGUCUAUUUUUUUCUUAUAUACAACAGUUUUGUGCCUCUGUGUUAACUUCUCAGACUUUUUACAUGAGUUAUUCCAGGAAAUUCAGGUACUGAAAUAAACUUCUAUCACUUCACCAGGUCUAUACAACAUGUCCAUUUUGUUUCUGUUUUUUGUAUUGUUUGUAGGAUUAUACAGACGCAACAUUAAUUUUCUUAAGCAGAGAUUGUUUUGAAUGAUGAAGAAAUUUACUGUUAUCAGUGGUUCAACUGCUAUACUUGAAAAAUGAAUCGUAAGCUUGUAUCAUUGUCUCAUUCUCCUGGAAUGCAAAUGUUUUAUAUGCGCUCAAGGGCUCCGAAAUAAAAACAGUAUACUUUUACA